AUGACGUUGUACAAGAGUUCCCGCUCAGUACGCUACCAUCCAUAUAACAUGCCGACCAGCCGCUCGGUUGACAAGGCUGUCUCGAAAAUAAAUUUUCUAAAUGACGACAAUAAACGCCAAGAUUCUUCAGUUAUCUCCGUAUUCCAGGUGUCAUCGUCUGAGUUGCCGAUAGAUUCCGGAAAUGGUUCAUUAACAACAACCGUUUCAGAGCGUCAGAGUACACCAAGCGCGACAGACUGCUCGAUGACGUCACUAAAUUCCUUAUCACCAUCGUCAGUGAAUGCUGAAAGUGUAACACGUACCCCAACCAGUACAGCGCGUUCGUCUGGUUCCGUCAGCAGCUCGCCACAAACAUACACCGAGUCAGAAAGCAGUGGCGAUAAGAAAUCGGACAAGAAGUCUAACAAAUCUGCGAGAACCAAUUACACUAAAGAGCAGCUGAAGUCACUGAUGAAAAUCUUCCACGAUAAUACGUACCCUGACUCGGAGAUGAUGGAGAACAUUGCCAAAGACUUUGGCGUCAAGGAUACCAACAUCAAGAUCUGGUUCCAGAACAAGGUGGCGCAGGCGAGUGGAGAACAUGAACAACUCGACUCAGUCAAACAUGAUGCACGUGACCCCGGUACCAUCACCAAUACAACCGUACGUUCCAAUGUACAGCAACUUUCCAAGCACGCUUUCGUCGCAGAACAACGCUUACAUGCACAAGCCUUGGAUGCAGACGGUUAUAUCAAAUCCGAACAACAACAUGGUACAACAUGUUACUUUCAACCAACUACCUUACAGAGAGUUGACUUCAACAGCGUCUCUGACACCAUACGCUCCGUAUUACCACACCCCGUCUUCCAUGACAACUAG